GCAACUACCACCCAGAAUGUCAGCUGCCAAGGGGUUCCAGUGGAGCUGAGGAUGAACAGGAGGUACCUUAGAGCUGGCCAACCUGGUCAGUCUCUCCAGUGGGCAGGAGGUUUACUGGGGCCCACUUGGUGGGCAGUCCCUGCUGCCAGCUAGACCAUCUCACCUUAGCCCAGAGCAAAGAGACAUAACACUGUCUCUAAGCUUACAUUCCCAGGUCCAAACUUAGAGGCCCAGCUCAGGGCCUGAAAUUCACUCAGGUUUGUGGCUGUUUGUCUAACAGUCACCAUGGAUCACCGAAGCCGACCACGUAGCAUAGGCCUGAACCGAAUCCCUGGAACUCAGUCCCGAGCCCCCCGGGCUCCACUCCCCUUUCAUGUAGAACAGGAGGCCAGGGAAGGAGAAGAAUGGGAGCGAGAGCUACCUCGUCCCAGGCCUCCUAUCUAUGUGCCCCCAGAAAGUGAAGAGCUGUCGGACAAUGUAAUGGUUUCCAAGUCAGCACCUUAUUGGGAAGGAACAGCUGUGAUAAAUGGUGAAUUUAAGGAGCUCAAGUUAACUGAUUAUCGUGGGAAAUACUUGGUUUUUUUCUUCUAUCCACUUGAUUUCACAUUUGUGUGUCCAACUGAAAUCAUCGCUUUUGGUGAUAGAAUUGAAGAAUUCAGAUCCAUAAAUACUGAAGUGGUAGCAUGCUCUGUUGAUUCACAGUUUACCCAUUUGGCCUGGAUUAAUACCCCUCGAAAACAAGGAGGACUUGGGCCAAUAAAGAUUCCACUUCUUUCAGACUUGAACCAUCAGAUCUCAAAGGACUAUGGUGUAUAUCUAGAGGACUCAGGCCACACUCUUAGAGGUCUCUUCAUUAUUGAUGACAAGGGAAUCCUUAGACAGAUUACUCUGAAUGACCUUCCUGUGGGUAGAUCGGUGGAUGAGACACUACGUUUGGUUCAAGCAUUCCAGUACACUGACAAACAUGGAGAAGUCUGCCCUGCUGGCUGGAAACCUGGUAGUGAAACAAUAAUCCCAGAUCCAGCUGGCAAACUGAAGUAUUUCGAUAAACAGAAUUGAAAUACUUCCUCAAGUCAUGAUGCUUGGAACUUCUCAAUAAAGUUCACUGUUUUAUUACCACA